AUGAAUCAAGGGGGAGGACCUCAUCAAGCCCAUAAUCAAUAUCCCCCCAGAUUUCAUCAUCUUGUUCAUCAUCAUAGUCGCCAAGCACCACCAGCACCAGCAUACCAACCCCCUACUCAAGCCCAAGCCUCUUCUUCACAGUUCACGUUAGAGGACACUAUUAAGGCCUUCAUACAGCUUACAGGCCAGUCCAUCAAUGAAGUGAAGAAUGCGACCAUGGUGAACACCCAAGCGAUUGCCAAGAUAGAGGUUCAAAUUGGUCAAAUCGCAAAUCACUUGGGUGAGAGAGAGAAGGGAAAGCUUCCUAGCCAGCCCGUGCCCAAUCCAAAGUUACAAUGUACUGGUGAAAGUUCUUAUGCACACAGGCAGGAGCAUGUACAAGCUAUUGUCACACUAAGGUCUGGGAGACAAGUGGACAACCAAGUGGUUCUUCAUGAAGAGAACCCUGCUAAGCCUCAUGGGCGAGAUAGUGGCAACAAUGAGGAGACAGAAGAGGAGCCAUCUAAAGCCACACCCAUCGUUGAUGAUCCUCCUAGGUCAUUUGUGCCUAAGGCACCAUACCCAGAAAGAUUACUAGCGCCUAAGAACGGAGGGAAGUUUGAGGACAUUUUGGAGGUGUUCGAGCAAGUUCAGAUUAAUAUCCCAUUUUUGGAUGCCAUCCAGCAAGUUAGCUCAAUCCUUCAAUGCAAGAUGCCAUUAAAGUACAAGGACCUUGGGUGUCCUACUAUCUCUUGCAUGAUAGGACUCAGCCGAAUUGAGAAGGCUUUAUUAGAUCUUGAAGCAAGUGUGAAUCUUUUACCCUAUUUGGUUUAUCUGCAAUUGGGGUUAGGGGAAUUAAAGCCUACAUCCAUGACAAUUCAAUUAGCUGACAGGUCGGUGAAAAGACCACGGGGAAUCAUUGAGGAUGUUUUGGUAAAAGUGGACAAAUUUUAUUUUCCUGUGGAUUUUGUUGUGCUUGAUACAAAACCAGUUCAGAAUGUUAGGAUUCAGAUACCGGUAAUUCUAGGGCGACCAUUCUUAGCUACGGCUAAUGCCCUGAUUAAUUGUAAGACAGGGGUAAUGAAGAUUUCUUUUGGCAACAUGACAGUGGAGCUGAAUAUCUUUGAUGUCAUCAAUCAGCCGUUAAAGUAUGAUGAGGUCGAAAGUGUAUGUUUGAUUGAGGAAAUCAAGGAGGACAUUGUAGAUAAAUCAAGCAUUAAGGACCCCUUAGAGGCAUGUCUUGCUCAAUUUGGAGAGGAUUUGAAUUUAGGAGUCUACUCCUCUGGUGAGCAGUAA